ACACAGAGUUUAAUCCAGGGACAUUGCUGCUCAUGAAAUAAAACCAAGUCGAGUAAUUGUACACCUUGCUGUCAGUCUCAGUCAGCACUUGGUCUGAUUAAGUCAAGACACUUCUUGUCAAAAAGGCGGUGAACUGCAGCUGAAAUCAGGGACAUGGAUGAAGAGUUCACUCCUUUAGACUGCCUUCUGUCCACAGGAACCCAGAAGAUUUGCCUGGUUAUCCUGAAUCAGCCGCUGGAGUCUCGCUUCUUCCAUGUGCUCUGGAAUAAAGCUGUGAUCCGAGCAUGUGCAGACGGCGGGGCCAACCAUCUUUACCGACUGACAGAGGACCAAAAGGAAAGUUUUCUCCCAGAUUAUAUAAGCGGCGAUUUUGAUUCAAUUACGCCUGAGGUCAAAAAUUUCUACUCAGAAAAGAAGUGCAGGCUGAUUGAAACCGCUGAUCAGGACCUGACAGACUUCACUAAGUGCUUGGUCCUCAUGCUGGAGGAGAUCAAGAAGAGACAAGUGCAGGUGGACACCAUUGUCACGCUAGGAGGCUUAGGAGGGCGAUUUGAUCAGAUCAUGGCUACAGUGGAGACACUUUUUCACAUACAGAAGAUGUCAGAGAUCCCAGUGGUGGUCAUCCAGGAUUCCUCUCUGGCCUGUCUGCUCCGAGAGGGCAGGAAGCACCAGCUGUAUGUGAACACAGGUUUGGAGGGUGAGUGGUGCGGUUUGAUCCCAGUGGGUGGCUCCUGCGUCACCAGCACCUCGGGGCUCAAAUGGAACUUGGAUAACCAUGUGCUGGAGUUUGGGAAGCUCAUCAGCACAUCCAACACGUAUGAAGAGCUUGAUGCCAAAGAGAAGAGAAAACCUGUGACCAUCAGCACAGACAGACCUCUUCUAUGGACUAUGGGUAUUAAAACAGAGUAAAUAAAUAAUUAGGAAGUGGACAUAUACCAAUCAGCCAUAACAUUAAAACCACUGACAGGUGAAUAACAUUCAUUAUCUCGUUACAAAAGUUGAUGUGUUGGAAGCAGGAAAAAUGGGCAAGUGUAGGGAUCGUGCUGCGUAUGGGGCUGCGUGAUAGCAGACUGGUCAGAGUCCCCAUGCUGACCCCUGUCCACUGCCGAAAUCGCCUACAAUUGGUACGUGAGCAUCAGUACUGGACCAUGGAGCAAUGGAAGAAGGUGGCCUGGUCCGAUGAAUCACCAUUUUUUUUUUUUUUUUUUAACAUCAUGUGGACAGCCGAGUGCGUGUCACUUACCUGGGGCACCAGGAUGCACUAUGGGAAGAAGGCAAGCAGGCAGAGGCAGUGUGAUGCUCUGGGCAAUGUUCUGCUGGGAAACCUUGGGUCCUGGCAUUCAUGUGGAUGUUACUUUGACACGUACCACCCACCUAAACAUUGUUGCAGACCAAGUAUGCUCCUUAAUGGCAAUGGUAUUCCUUAAUAGCAGUGGCCUCUUUCAGCAGGAUAAUGCGCCCUGCCACACUGCAAAAAUUGUUCAGGAAUGGUUUGAGGAACAUGACAAAGAGUUCAAGGUGUUGACUUGGCUUCCAAAUUCCGCAGACCUCAAUCCGAUCGAGCAUCUGUGGGAUGUGCUGGACAGACAAGUCUGGUCCAUGGAGGCACCACAACUUACAGGACUUAAACGAUCUACUUAAAGGAACAUCUUGGUGCCAGAUACCACAGCACACCUUCAGAAGUCUUGUAGAAUCCAUGCCUCGAUGGGUCAGAGCUGUUUUGGUGGCACAAUAUUUUAAUGUUAUGUUUAAAUGUUAUGGCUGAUUGAUGUAUAUGUGCCUUACGAUAACCACAAACCUUGUUAAUAAAAGACAAUUCACUUUUUCCACUGAUUUAUUAAAACAAACAAACAAAAAAAAAAUCACAAAACAGAUCAUUCAAUCUACAAAUUCAGUCCCAGUCCAUCAUCCAAUGCUGUUCCAUGCUUCCAAAGAAGUUCAAAAUGGAGUUGAUUCAACCCCCACUGAAAAAGAGGAAAGCAAAAAUCAGGUUGACUGAUCAGAGUCAUGACGCACAACACUUCCACAAGACAGACAUUGGAGCAAGAUUAUACCACAAAAAAAAAAAAAAAAUCACCACGCUGCCAUGUUAACGCCUUUGCCUUUCUUUGCCUCAGUCAGCUGCAGCUGUGCCACAUUUGCUGCUACACACACUAGGACCGGGCAAUAUGAUCAUAUAAUCAAUAUUAUGAUAAAUUGUAUCACAAUAUACUUUUCAGCAAUAUCACAAUAUCAUCAGUUUUUUUGUGUAACAGUUACUGAAUUGAAGCAGCUAACUGAUGGUUAACAUUUUGUGCUAAAUCUUCAGUGUUAAAUAAUGAAGGAUCAUCUAAUUGCACCGCUGUUUUGCUGGCAGCUUUUGAACAAACCUAUUGUAACACUUUUUUUUUUUUUAAAUGUAGAAAUGUCUUGUAUAACGAUAUGAUUUUUUUCCUACACAUAACCCGACCCUAUGUUCACACUAGCAAGCAACAAGUUGUUUGUAGUUGGUGUCAUGUAGUUGGGCAUGCAGCACCUACUAUCUCUGUCACUUGUAGGUGUGUACUGUCCAACCUCUUUUGAAACCACAGUUAAAAAAGUAAAUGGGAACUAACUGCAUGUAGGAACAGUGGGGAACUGAAGAAAAGUCAGACCACAUGCACCAUAGGAUUGGUCUGAGGCAUUACUCAGAUUGCUCAUUUGCAUAGACUUGAGAAAAAAAAUCGAGAAAAUUUAAGUGUCACUUGUUGCAGGAGACUGCGAGUUCAAAUCCCAAAGGGCUUAAACCUUAUAAACGUUAUGGCUAAAUGGCAGACGUUGGCACCUUUGUUACCUGAUCUGCGCACAAGUGGAUCAGAUAGCACCAGUCCUUCCAAUUCAAUCUGCUGCACACAUUUUUUUUAAAUCGUACACUAUUUGGCCAGAAGUUUGCAGACAACUGACCAUCACACCCAUAUGUGGUUCUUCCCCAAACUUUGUUGCCACAAAAUUGUAGGCACACAACUGUCUAGGAUGUCUUUGUAUGCUGUAGCUUUACCAUUUCUCUUCACUGGAAGUAAGAGGCCCAAUCCUGUUCCAGCAUGACAAUGCCCCUGCACAAAGCAAGCUCCAGGAAGAUAUGGUGUGUGAAGGUUGGAGUGGAAGAACUUGAGUGUUCUGCACAGAACCCUGACCUCAGCCCUACUGAACACCUUUGGGCUGAACUGGAACACCGACUGCACCCCAGACCUCCUCACCUAACAAUCAGUGCCUGACCUCACUAAUGCUCUUGUGGCUGAAUGAACACAAAUCCCCAUAACCACGCUCCAAAAUCUAGUGGAAAGACUUUGCAGAAGAGUAGAUUAUUAUAACAGCAAAAAGGGAACUAAAUCUGGAAUGGGAUGUUCAACAAUCACAUAUGGGUGUGAUGGUCAGGUGUCCACAAACUUACACCUUAUAUAGUGUAAUCCAUAUAGUGUAUCUUCUAUCAUUUUAACUUGAGCACUGGAACAUUACCUGAUUACCUGUUUUGAUCAAAAGUAUUUUCAUGUGUAUUGUUGUGUACCUAAUAAACUGCUGAGUAUUUUAAUGCACAAAAAUUAAAAUAAAUAUAAAUUCUGUGUGAAACAAGAA